CCUCGCGCAACCUCACUUCCAAUUUCCUUAAGCUGCGGGCGAGUCUCCGCGAAGUACCCCCCCCAAGAGCCUGCAUCAGCCUGUUCUUAAAAGCUGUCACCUACUCCUGCUGUCAGCCGCGUCAUAUCGACCUACCCCGCGAGCAGCCCACCAUUUUACCGACGUCGCUCCCGCUGCUUGCACCUUCACCUGCACCCGUUUCCCAAAAUAAGUCGACGCUUGUCAUCGCGCGGAAGAUCCAACAUCUCACAACCACUGCCUACAUAAGCGACUACGGCCAUGGACGGUCGUCGUCAAGGACGGCCAGAGGAGGAGCUCUUCCUGCGGCCUUCCGAGACUGCACCAGACACUCCCACCGUCGGGCCUCUGCGGAUCCAGAAGCAUGAAGGCAAGAGCCCUCCACCGAGGACCGACUCUGCGGGUAGCUCUAAAGAGCCACCCGCAGCCUUCUCGCGCCCUCCACCUAUGCCAACAUUUCCUGCGCCGCCCACAGCACCCCCGACUGCCCCUUUACCCUACCCAGACGACCGACCAUCGAAGCAGGCUCCGCCGGGCCAGGCGCGAUAUACCCCCCUGAGUGAGAGGGAACGGGCUGGGAAGAAUGCGACCCCGCCAGAAGGAGAAGGAAGGAGGAGGAGGUCGAGCGCCGCGGCGCCUUCUCCAAGUUCCACCCGCGCCCACUUCGAGGCAAACGAUCCGAACAGACCAACAGUUUCGGGCUAUGGAUACGGUCCUGGCAGAGCUGCAGACGGCUCAGUACAGCCAUCCAAGCUAGCUGAGCGUCGAGGUACUGCGCCCAAGCCUCUCCCAGAAUCCCCAGGACCAGAGACGCCAGAUAAGGAGGGACUAUUUCAGAGGGCCCCGAAACGAGAGGGCAGCACCGACGGAAACCCGUUUCCCGAGUACCACCAGCAGUACUGGCCUCCUCCCACGCCAAAAGCCACCGAUCCCGCACUGAUGAUCCCCAAUCCUCGAGGCGUGAACCGACUGAGCUCGACAGCUUCGACGUCAACCACACGAGCCCAGAGAGGAUCCCCCCCUCCCCCGGAGACACCAAUCAUCCCCCCUCCCAGUGGCGGCAUUGAGGCUCGCUUUGCCGCGGCAGGAAUCGCCGGCGCAUCGACCCUCACGAAUUUGCAGGCACAGACCGCUCAGAACGCAGCUGCCGCGCAGAGGAGCCAAGUGUAUGCAAACAGCCAGCCUAAACCGAGUGUUUCCUCACCGCCACCUCAGCAGCAACCGCCGAGGAGGCCUUGGACUCCAACCGAGCAACCUGGAAGUCAGCCGCAUGGUCCCCCCACAGUAUAUCAAGGCAUGAAUCAGGUUCAGAACAGUCCACCGCAAGCAUCGGCAUCCACUGCCGCACCUCCACCCGCUACCAACGCCAACGCGGCCCCAGAACACCCUCUUACCCAGGAUAUGAGCCGUAUGAAUGUAAAUGAGGAACCACCACCAGCAUACUCGAGCAUCUCCCACCCGGCAGUUGGCGCAGGAGCAACAACUGCGCAAGGCUACCCGAACGAGAAGCGGAAUCAGAGCAUAUCUUCACCAGCACCCCAGGCUAGCGUGAUGAGCGAUCCUAACAUGCAGGCACAUCCUGCAUUCGCCAACGAUCCGCGCCAGCAUCAAACAGCCCCAUCACCACAAGCAGGAGUUGUUGCACCAACUCCGCAGGCAAAUCAAGUCCCACAAGCGCAACAUGCAACCACGCCAAGCCCAGCACCGGGCCCUGGACCAGGGCCUGCAUCUCCUCCACCGCUACCCGAGGGAUGGAUCGCGCAUCUUGAUCCAAAUUCAGGUCAAUACUACUAUAUCCACCUCCCAACACAAUCUACGCAAUGGGAAUUUCCGAAGGGCCCCACUCCCUUGAAUCUGAAUGAGCCAAUGUCCCCUACAAAUUCAUUUGCUAAUCCACUGAGUUCUCCAGGUUUUGGGAAGACUCCUCUUGCUUCGCCAGGAUUUCCAGCGCAAACUGCGGCAUAUCCGGGGGAUAUGAUGGGCAUGGCACCACUCGCGACGCCAACUGCAGCUGGCUUCACAGGACCACCUCCAGCAGCAGGGGUAGAUAUGUAUAAAAUUGCUCCGACAAACAGCGUAUACUUCGGUCCGUAUCUGAGGUACACAAACAUGGACAUCGAGCGAGGUUUGUGGCUUGGGUCUAUUCUUCUCAUUACGAACACUCCGCAUCCUCCAACCAUCCACAUCCACCAGAGUGUUGACCUAUCUCCAAACCCGAGGCAGCUCAAAGCAAAUCCAAUCUACAGCCACCAGACAUGGAUCUUCUACAGGUACGAUGUUGAGCUAAAGAUGGAGGAAGAUCAUGCUGCGAAAUGGACCUAUGCCAUUACCUCGCAUUUGGGAUGUACACGUUUCGAAUUCUUAGUCGCCGGACGCCAUGAGCCAAGCUGGCGCUUUAUUGCGCAUUCAGGCAAUGACUUCGCUCUAAACGUCAACGCCAACGAGAGGGCAAAGCUUGGCGGUAUUGGUUUUAUGUGGAAGGACAUCCUUCAGAAGAAUGCUGAGUGUGGCGGUUUCCACGUACAGCUCGGUUUGGGCGGACAAAUCUAUGCGGAUCGAUUGUGGAAAGAAAUCCCUCUCCUCAAGCAGUGGACAGCGACUAGCGGCAAGGAGAAUCGGAAAAAUGCGCCUUGGACUGCUAAGCACGAAGAGGAAGUAUGCCACGCAUACUUCCAUUAUUACACGAGCCAUUUUGAUCAGCCUCAUCUGAGGGAAGCCUUUGCGCAGAUUCCACAUAUCUUGGCACUAGAUGACCAUGACAUUUUCGAUGGCUUUGGCUCAUAUCCGGAGUACAUGCAGUUCUCUAACAUGUUUAAGAACAUUGGGAGGAUAGGAAUCGAGAUGUUCCUCUUGUUUCAGCACCACACGACAUUGGAAAUUCUUCGUAAUGUCAGCAAUGAUGUCGAUCUCUUCACCAUCACAGGAACCGGCUGGCAUUUUAUCAAGUACCUUGGCCCUUGCGUCGUGGUAGUCGGGCCGGAUUGCCGCUCCGAGCGGAAUCCUCACCAAGUUAUGGCAGGUCCAACAUACCAAGGUAUCUUCCCGAAGGUUGCUACGCUCCCUCCGAGCGUGCAACAUUGCAUCUGGAUGGUUCCUGUGCCUGUCAUUUAUCCCCGGCUGGAGUCAAUUGAGCACCUAGCUAAUACAAUGGCAACGAGCAAAAAGGCGCUCACAGGCACCUUUAACGUGGUUGGGAAGGUGACGAGUUCAGUUGCUGGUGUCGUCGGGGCCAAGAGUAUGGUUGGCGACGGCUUCAACUCGGUUAAGAAAGCCAUUGGCAAAUCCGGACUCAUGAGUAGUGUUCUGAGCCCGUUUGGAGAGAUAGAUAUGCUCGACGAGCUCAGGGACCAGUGGACACACGAUUCGAAGGACCUCGAGCGCACAUAUCUUAUCCGCACUCUUCAAGGUAUUGCACACAACAAGUCAUUGCGCAUGACUUUCUUCUCCGGUGGUGUCGACUGCUGUGGUGCUGGCCUUGUCCAUGAUCCGUCGAAACCACAAGAUCAUAAGACGAUGUACCAAAUCAUCUCUUCGUCUGUGGUCAACGCACCCCCGAGCAACUACGUGCUCCGUCUGCUACACAACAAUCGCGCACUCUACGUGCCUGCUAACGGCCACCGCAGCACGCACACCCCGUCCGACACCAAGGAAGACAUGAUGGAGAUUUUCACGCAAGACGUCAAUGGCACAGCUCGCGAGUAUAAGCGGCUCAUGGGGCGGCGCAACUACGUUGCAUGCGUCAUCUACGACCCCGAGAUUGUCAAUGGCACGUUCGGACAAGCAGUGCCAGGCCACGGUAGCGGUAAACUGAGUCUUGCGAUGGAUUUCAUGGUGCAGAAUGAAGGACCGUACAGCGCGCCAAUGAAGUACGGACCCGUCAUAGUGCCGAGCUUGGAGUACGGCCGGUAAACAUGCCAUGUGCUCUACUUAUUCUUGUCAUAUUCCCUCUUGCCCCUUCUGAUGUGAUUUUUUGAGGCGAGCAUGCAUAGCAAGCAGAGACAAUGGUUUGGUUUGGCAAUUGUGUGACCUCUUUUGGUGGCUUGGCGCGUUUCCUGCAGUUUUGCGGCUUCUUGGAGCAAGAUGAUAGAUAUGAUGAGUAGCCAACUAUGAAACU